AUGAGAACUACGCUUAGAGCAAGGUUUAAAACAAGCUGUAGUAGUGAAAUUAAUACGAACGAUCGCGAAAUUCGAAGAAUUUACAAAUGGUAUUACUUGCAAAAAACUUUGUGUCAUGCACAAAUUAUAGUUGCUUUAUUUUUACAUUUUAGUUAUUUGUAUGCACUUAUGCCAGAGGAUAUAGAACUGCUUUCUUUCCUCAAAAUUAUACCUUGGCCAAACGCCAGUUUAUGCAUAAUUGCAUUUACAAUGAUUAAAGGGGUUCGUAUGGAAUCAAAUCGCACUAUGUUUGUUUUCUACGUUACUAACUUAAUACUUUAUGGAUUUUAUAUUUAUUUAUUAAAAAAUGAAUUAUUUCGAGAAAGGAAAUUUGAAACGGUUAAUUAUUCAAUAAAACCAUUUUUGAUAAUUCCAUCUUGUAUAACGUUAGUUACGAUAAUAAAUUCAAUAAUUUGUCAGAGAAAUUUUGGAAAAGGAUUAAAAAUUUAUUUAAAUUAUGAACCGAAAAUUAUUGAGGAAUUAAUUAUUUAUAAUGAUGAUAUUAAUCAAUGUUAUAAGGAUGAUGAUGUUGAAACUGCUUCUACUGAUUCUAUUAUUUAA